AUGGAAAAUGCACGCGCUCCUCUGUGCCACGUAGACGCGAACGCUCGAGUAAACAAAGGCCCAGUGCAGGAAUCUUUGAAGCGCUACAAGCAACGGCAAGACGAACUCGAAAGUACAACGAAUGCGGGGCUGGCAGAGCUGCGAGACAAGCAAGCAGAACUAAGCGCCUCGUUGCAAGAUCAUGCAACGCUCAUUCGAGGCGUUCAAGACAGCAUCGCCAGAUGCACAGAUCCUACUCCAUGGCUUGCUGAACUGCAACAGCUCGCCAGCAAUCACAAUGCGAUGGACGAUUUUCGACAACGCAUAGCCCGUCUUGAGUCCAUCGCUCCGCCCGCACCCAUCAGCUCGAUGCUUCAGUUCGACGCUCGUCUUCGAGCAUUGGAGAGCUCAAGGAACUUUUCUGAGCUGUCAGAACAUUUGAAACGCUGCAACGAACGGCUUACGAUGAUCGAGGCUCGUCACCCUGACCCGAGUACAUGGUUCAGACUCACGGCCAUCAACGGCCUCGUCGAAGAGCUCCAGAACCGUGUCAACCAUAUGGAAGAGCACAGGAACCUCGCCCCGUGUGCUGAGCAGAUCAGCCAAUUGGAAAUUGACAUCGUAGAUGACAGACGACAUCGGCUCAAUGACAUCGCAGAGCUGAGUCAAGACAUCGUGCAACUGACUGCAUGCUCGGGACCGCAACUACCACGGAGCUCUAUUCGCGACGACAUUGAAGCUUUGCGCAAGCGCAUUGUUGCGGAGGAGGCGCAACCUCGUGAUAUCAUGGCUGCGAUCAAAUUACUAGAACAUUUACGACACAGUGAGGUUGAAAUUAGCGACACAAUCACUCUUGCACCGCAGCAGGUGCCAUGCCAGUCUAUCGAUUCUGGCCGGCGAGGGUCUCUGGCCGGUGAGAUGCCUACGACCAGGGCAUCGAGGGUCUCGAAGCGCUCCAGAACGACACCUCCAACGCCUGCAAUGAGCUUGAUGCGUACACCAAGCGAAAUAAGGCCAGCUGAGAAGCGCAAGUCACUCAACACGUCUUCAUUUAAUGCCAUUGGCGAAGGCAAGCGGCGAAGAAGUGGGCGAGAGCGCAAGCCGAAGAAGCACGCCUCGGGUGUUGUCGAUUGGACGCAGAUGACUUAGGUGUACUGACGGGAGACAGUCUUUCUUGUAGGAGAGCAUUGGUUCUAUCCCUUUGAAAACUCGACGGCUGAGAUCGUUCAUGCACGAACCCUAGCACCGCAAGGGUGUGCAGAAAGCGCUACACUGUAUUUAGCACUGUAGGUCUUUCGUCGGCUAUGCUUCUAUAG